AUGACUUCAUUACAAGAAAAGGCCGACGCGGUCAAGACUGCUCUUACGUCAACCACAACAUGCACAACUGCUACCGUCGUGACGCUCAAAGAGCUGCUGCUACCCGAUGCAGAUGACUCCACGACUUCCUCGACGACCACUUCGCGAACGACUUCCAGGGCGGCGUCUAACACCAAGACAAAAAGGGCUGCUGCUAGCAAGGCUCAAACAACAAAGUGCAGCGGCGAACAGCUCACCUCAAAAGAGCGUGCUGCUCUUGCAACGCAUGUUAUUAACAGUUGCAUCAAGUCCCUCAACGAAAUAGCGAAACCCACGAUUCCCCCGACUCCCAGCCGACGACAAGCAUCUCAGAGCGACUUGAAGAAAGCCUCCGGACCCAGAACACUACGCAGAUCCCUUUCCGCGCCGUUAUCACCAAUGCAACCCCGAACCCUGAAUCGAGUAGCGACAUCACCCAGCACCACCUCGAAGACAGCGUCACAGCCAGCGUCUCAAUCCUCAACAUGUCUGUCCAUCAUCGAAUGUGCGCGCGUCGCUUUCACCUGUCUUCGAUCUAUCGUGGGCCCUAUUCAAACUACACAAACAGAUUUUCAACUAGAAAAUGGAAUGUCGGCGUUCAUUAGCAAGCUUCUAGUUCUUGGAUUUCAGGAUCAAGCACUUAAGGAGCUAAGGAUCUUGAAGCGAAGACUGGAUACUGGAGUUAACAGGACAAUAAAACCGGCAUCUACAGAAGGACAAACAGCCGCACAGGUUAUUGCAGAUUUACUCGACUACGGCGACAACGUUCCCGAAACAUUUCUACCUGUUGUUACGGGGUGCCAAGUCCAAGUCUUGCGAUGGAUUUCUCAUUCCAAAAAGCCAAGUCAUGUUGAGGCUGCACUACCAUUCUUUGAGGAAUCACAUGUUUCUUCCACCAUCAAGCUUUUUGAGAGGAUGGGGGCUCGAAAUGAAAAAGAGGCACAGAAGACGGCUCGACAACUAGCUUCGUUAUCUCAGACAUUACUAUCGUUGGCGCCCAGCGUCUCCAGCAAGGAAGAUCAGGUUGCGACAGAAUUGAGAUUAAGCCCAUCUCCUACCUCAGCCUUCAAGUUACAAGUGCUGUGUUUCAAGGUCCAGCUCAUAUGGUGGGAAAUGGCUGGCCAUCGUGGUAACAUUGACGACGAUAUUCUCUCUCCGUUCUCUCGAUGUGUACGAGCUUAUACCCGCCGACACCCACCUACGAAUGGGCCAACAUACGAAACGAUUGCUGCCUCUUUUCGGGAUCUCAUGGACCUAAUUGGGUCCCAAAAGUCACAAGCCAAAACUUCAUCCGACUCUCCCCUUACUCUGCUCUAUCAGCUUCUGGGCGUUGCUGCUCAAACAGAUCGCCAAUACGAUGCAGCGUGCCAGUGGUUCCAAACAUUGAAGGAUUUACUCGACGCUGAACAGGAAUCGGCAAUUCGCGUAUUUUCAGUGUCGGCACGUCUGCUUGCUGCCUUGUUGAAACAAUCCCGGUUUGACGCAGAUACGAAACAGCUUAUUCAAGAACUCAUAGAGAGCCUCGAUGGGACCUUGAGUGGCAACGCCACCGAUCUAAAUGAGUUGCUGGAGAGUCUUUCCCUCGCUCGACGGUCAGCUGUUGGACUUCUGGUGAGUAACUCGAAUGGAGCAAAGGCAAAGGAGAACACCGGGUCGAUUCUGGAACACAUGAAGACGUUCAUUACGAAGUUUCCGCGAUUCAGUCGCCGUUGGCUGGGAGCUGCCCCAGGAAAGGACUCCUCGGCCAAAGCCCUUCUACAAUUCGACCAACGAAGAGAGGUUCUGAUGCAGACGAUCAAUCAGAUUAUUGACGGCGCAUUGGUGGUUCUCAAUGGCGACAUUCAAUCCGACUCGAUCACCUGGAAGCAAAUGGAUGAGGUUUUAAGGGACUGCAGCAAAUUAGUUGAUGGUGUCCUCGACCCAACUAUUUCGAGAUCACGAACAGAGCAGCUCAGCGGCUAUUUCGUCAAGAUCUCCAGCUUGUACUUUGCCAGGUACAACCACUUGCGCAAGGACCUUGGAAAAAACAAGCUUAUCAACAAAGAGAUUCUCCAGUGUUUGAGUCGCUCUAUUGAAAUGAUUCAGGACCGGCCUAUUGCUCAACAAGAGAAGGCUCAAAUAUCCAUAAAGCUGGAGUUGUUUGCGGAUCUUUGCAAAGCUGCAAACCGAAGCGAGGACGCGAUCAAGACUCUGCGAUCAAUAUGUACGAACAUGAUUGAGGAAGACGCCUUGGUCAAAGUGACGGCAGCCCUCGAUUCUCAACCUCCUAGUGUUGCUUGGGGUGUUGAUGAGAAGGCGCAGAUACUGUCCCGGACGCUGCGGUCCAUUGCUAAGCUUGAUCACUCUUGGAACGAUUGGGCGUUCUUUUUACCCGAGUGUGAGCGAGCUGCAGUACUCGAACACUUGAUGCAAAUUGUAGGAGAUACAGCAUCUCGAGGAGAGCCGCUCAAGUUGCAUGAUCCAUCUAUUCAAGCUCUUUUGCGAAUUUAUACUUCAGAACGCUUCCCUAUUCGACGCCUCCGGGUUUUGCUUCAGUUGCUCUUCCAGGCCAUUGGAGAAGAGAAAGAGAUGGAGCAGAUAACCCGGCUGGCUGAAGAGUCAAUGGAGCAACUGGACAACAGCGUUCAGGGCGAAGAUAGCUCGCUCGUCCGUUAUAUCCCGCAUCUCAGAGUAUUGCAGAAGUCAAUGUCGGCAUUGGCUGUCACUAACGCCCCUUUUCCUGUCUCUGCCCUAAGAGAUGCAGUUGCUUCAUGGAAAUCGAUGACAGAGUCCUGCUUGUCAAGAAAUGAUAUUUACGAGAGAAUCGAUAAUCCUGAUGGCCUUGUGACACACCUGCAAUCUGCCAGUGAAUUUGCUAGCCUUCGAGGCGAGCACAGUCUGCAGCUUGAGAUCCUGGAACUCUCGACACGCCUCUCCAAGAUCCUGGCGGAACCGACGUACAACAAUGUAAUUCUCAACCAUACACUUCUUGCGUCACAACAUCUCAGCAUUGGUCAUUUCGCUGAAGCUAAGGAAACACUCGAUUCCAUAAAGAAACUCUUGGAGCAAGCCGAGGGCGUCUCUCGUGGGCUAAUUGCUGGAUUUCAUCUGACCCAAGCGGAGUAUUAUUCUGGCAUCGGUAGCAUCGAUGAAGCAAACACUUCGUUGGCGGCUGCGAAAGCAAUCUACAACGGAUCGACCUCAUCUUGGGCUUUAUCAAAGUCUCAAGUGAACAUGUCUCUCGCUCUUAGCUCAUUCCUUGACUCGGUCCUUGCUUUGAAGCGUGGUGAAGUCCAGGAAGCUCUCACCUGCGUCAAAUCGAGCGUUCGAGUUCUCUCUCACGACUGGUCAAAGAUCGAAUCAUCUGUCUCCCGAGCUUCUAGCCCAAGCGUUAUGAGCGCUUCAACAACCAGCCUCGAUAGUGUCAAAGCAGGUGCCAAGCUUGGCCAGGUGAUUGGACCUCGAUUCUGGUCACUUGCGUUCCCUCUCCUGCGUGGUCUCCUACAUGUUUCCUCCGUAUAUGCUCACCUUGGCAUGUAUCAAGAGACCAUCUACUACGCAGAAUCUGCCCAAAAAAUUGCGGAAAGCACCGGAUCACCACUGUACCGUGCCCAAGUUCUGGCCUGGACAGGUUCUGUUUACCAUCGGGCUGGUAAGCUGAUCAAGGCCCUCGACUUCGGUAAUGAGGCUUUCGAGGAGUUGCCGCAAGAUAUUUCUGUCUCUCGAGUACAAGUUGCUUGUCAACUUGGCGGCUUGUUCCGUGACUCUGGCGAUGAAGUCAAAGCUCGCGAGCUACUUCAGCUUGCAGAAGAGACUGCUCAGCGUCUUGGGGAUCAUGGGAAAGUAUUGAGUAUCCAGAACGAGGCUAAGAAAACCGCCCCAGUUGCCGCCAAAGCACGAGCUGCGGCGACUACACGUGCCACGCGAACUGCUACUAGAACAACGAGAGCCAAAGCUGCUCCUGCUCCCGCCCCACGAACUCGAAAGCGGGAGACAACUGUCAAGACUCAACCUUCAACUACAGAGGUGUUGAAGUUACCAACGGAUGCAUACCAGGCUUCUCUGGUGGCUUCGGUCAUUCUAUCCAGGGCUUUAGGCUUCAUCAGCCAGAAAGACUGGGCUUCGGCCUUGUCGACUCUAGAGCAUGCGAAAGAACUGCCAAAGCUCUUUGGUACUCUUUCCCAAGAACAAGUUGUGACAGCGAUUUCUCUCAUCGGCCAUAGUACGGAGCAGAUGAUUCAUGAUCCUGUUUUCUCCGUUAUUCAAGAUUCAACCAUCUCUUUCCCAGCAAUCGCCGCUUCUGACAAGGCAGGACUCUCACUAAGCCAAACACCUCCCCGUAAAGGACGGGCAGGGGCAUCGGAACGAAAAGGUGCCAAGGAGGCGAGUGUACCUGCAUUCGCUGAAGCAUUGAAACGAGCUCAGGAGCUUCUUCUAGAGGCACACGCUUCGACUCUAUCAACUGCUAAUAGCACUAUGGUUCAUCGGAUCUCAGCUUUGCUCCAAAAUACCGUCAUUCUCCUCUCUGCCACCUCUACGACACAGUCCAAGGUGCUUGCUGGUUCGGGUUUCGCCACUUUCUCUGUUGACUUGGCCCGCAACGUCACCUGGAAGCGUGAGCAGAGUACGCUCCAAUACAAGGAAAAUGUCAAGUCGGAUGAUCCUGACUCUACAGACACUUCCAAACGCUCUAGCUUUGGACUUACAACGGAAAUGGCCAAGUUCCAAAAGAACUAUAUUGAGUUGGUACCUCAUAACUGGAGCGUGAUCUCUGUUUCUCUUAGCGACAAUCACCACGACUUGUGCAUCACUAAAUUCCGAGCGGGCCACAGUCCUUUCAUUAUUCGACUACCACUUGAGCGCGCCAAUUCUCGGGAUGCCGACUCAGAGAUCUUCAACUUUGAGCAUGGUAAGGAGGAGAUGAUAGAAAUCAUUCGCCUUGCUAACGAGACAAGCCACUCUGCCAGUCGAGACUUUAGCGUGAAGGGUGCGAAAGCUGCUUGGUGGUCUGAAAGACAGGCUUUGGAUGAACGACUUCAGGAUCUGCUGAGCACUGUCGAGACAACGUGGCUAGGUGGCUUCAAGGGUAUCUUCUCUCAGCACGAGCGUCGACCAGAUCUCCUUGCGCGCUUCCAAAAGAGUUUCCAGCAGAUUCUCGACAGCAACCUGCCCUCGCGAAAACAAGCCCGAGGCAAGAAGACGACAAAGGCAUCAAAGGUGUCUCUUGACCCUCGUGUCCUUGACCUCUUCAUCGGUCUAGGCGAUCCAAGCGAUCCAGACACUGACUACGAUGAGGCUCUUAACGAUUUGCUCUACUUUGUCGUCGACAUUCUUCAAUUCCAUGGAGAGCGUAACGCUUAUGAUGAGAUUGAUUUUGAUGCGAUGGUGGUCGAAACUUACGACGCACUGCGCGGAUACUACAAUGCAGUCAAGACGGGAUCAGACCGAGCCGAAGGUGCUCACACAGUUCUAGUCCUGGACAAGGCACUUCAUGCCUUCCCUUGGGAGUCAAUGCCUUGCAUGGAAGGUCUCGCAAUUUCACGCGUUCCUUCGCUGGCUUGCUUGAGACAACUCAUUACAGAAUCACACCCAUUGUCGGGCGACAAUAUUCCAAAAGAUGCGCCAGAAGGCCACUACGUUUCUGCUAAGCGAGGUACUUACAUAUUGAACCCUUCGAAAGAUUUGGUCAAUACCCAAUCUACCUUCGAGCCAAUUAUGAAGGGACUGGGCAAUUGGGACGGCAUUGUCAACCGUGCUCCAGAAGAAACUGAAUUCGAGAAAGCGUUGUCAGACUCUGAAAUUCUCCUCUACUUUGGACACGGAAGCGGUGCACAGUAUAUCCGAGCGCGAACUAUUCGCCGUUUGGAAAAGUGCAAACCAGCUACGUUCUUGAUGGGCUGCAGCUCAGCGUCGCUAACGGAAGCCGGAGAGUUUGAGUGCUACGGCCCUGUGUGGAACUACAUGAUGGCAGGAUGCCCAGCGGUAGUGGGCACGCUAUGGGACGUGACGGAUAGGGACAUUGAUCGGUUCGCGGGCCGAUCGUUUGAGGAAUGGGGACUGUUGCCCAAGGGCACGUUCAAGGAGGAUAAGCGAGCCAAGGGCAAGAGUCGGGCCCCGAGCGAGGACGAGACCACGACUGUUGAGUCGGAAGAGGAAGGCCAGGUGAUGCGCAACGUGUCACUAGCCGAGGCGGUUGCGCGGUCCAGGGAGGCGUGCAGGUUCAAGUAUCUCAACGCUGCGGCGGUGGUACUGUAUGGAAUCCCGGUGUACAUCAAGCACAGAGGUGACGAGUAA